AUGCAUCGCGUUGUAAUCACCGGAAUGGGAGCGAUUUCCCCUUUCGGAGUUACAGUAAACGCGUUGAGAAACGGUUUGAAUGAGGGAAGGAGUGGGUUAAAAUACGAUGAAGUGCUGAAAUUCGUAGUUGGUGCAGUGCCGGGGGAGAGAGUAGAAGAUAGGUGGUCAGCUGGACAACAGAGAGAAAUGAGUAGGGCGAGUAUGUUUGCACUGGUCGCUUCCGAAGAGGCAAUGUCACAAGCAAACGCUGAAAAUAUCGAUCACGAAGAGACUAUUGUGAACAUCGGAACGUGUAUGUCAGAUCUCGAACACAUCGGAGAGACUGCGCAGAAAGUGAGAGAAGGACAGUCGAGGAGGGUUUCACCGUAUUUCGUCCCGCGCAUUCUCAACAAUCUUCCGGCUGGUUAUGUGGCAAUGAAAUACAAAAUGAGAGGAGGAGUCGAAGCGACAUCAACUGCAUGUGCAACAGGUCUUCAUUGUAUCGGCAACGCCUUCCAAUCGAUUCAAUACGGACAUUGUCGACGAGCACUGGCAGGAGCUGUCGAGUGUGCUCUCAACCCGAUUUCACUGGCUGGUUUCGAUAGAAUGAGAGCGUUGGCAAGAGGAGAAGAUCCGACAAUCAGUCGACCAUUUGAUAAGAAAAGAGCUGGAUUCGUGAUGAGUGAAGGUGUAGGAAUAGUGUUUAUGGAGCGGUUGGAAGAUGCGGAAGCUCGUGGAGCAAAGAUUCUCGCGGAGGUCUUGGGAUAUGGAAUAUCUUCUGAUUGUUAUCAUAUUUCUACUCCUGAUCCAUCAGCCAUUGGAGCUGUUCUUUCGAUGAGAAGAGCGAUUGGAAAUGCUAAUUUGGAUCCGAUUCAAAUUGGAUAUGUAAAUGCUCAUGCUACAUCUACCCCUAAUGGCGAUAGUGUUGAAGCGGAAGCAGUUCGUAAAGUAUUUCCAAAUCUAAAUAUGUCGGUUAGCAGUAUCAAAGGACACAUUGGACAUCUACUCGGAGCAGCUGGAUCCGUUGAAGCAAUUGCAACGAUUUGUGCAAUGAAUGAUAGUAUGAAACCAGGAAAUCGGAAUCUGGAGGAGAGUGAAGAAGACGUCGGAUUGAAUCUUCUCCGAGAAAAUCAGAAGUGGGAGGAGCCUAAUGGUCAACCGAGGAUUUCGAUCUGUAAUUCAUUUGGAUUUGGAGCGACGAAUGCUAGUCUAAUUUUGAAACAAUUUUAG